CACUUUAAGGCAGCAUUCCUCUCCAGGUGUAACUCAUCUUCUGCCUCCAACAAUAGAACUGACGACCCUAACCAGUCACAGAAAAGAUAUGUGAGCAUGUGACGGGCAGGGCCGAAUCAAGUGUGCUUUUUGGUUGGGGUAGGAUGAUUGAACUUGUCUUUGUCUAGAUCUAAAAGGAUCAUAUCUGAAUUUGUUGCUAAUCCCAUCUCUUCCUCAGGAUUAUACAAGAGGCAGGUAAUUGGAAUCCGAGACGUCUCAAGAAGAAACAGUAGUGAAGGAGAUGUUUGAGGAAGAAGAAGAAACGCAGCAAGAGGAAGAUGUGGAAGUUAAGGUUGAAGUGGAAAAACCUCCACCUGACAUAGAAGAACCUGCUAAGGCAGAAGAGCCUGCAGAAGAAGAUGACUCCAAACCCAAACCAAAGGCAUUUGUUCCAACUAUAGCUGUGCCGAAGAUACCCGAUGGGGAGAAAGUUGACUUUGAUGACAUCCACAGGAAGCGCCAGGAGAAGGAUCUGACCGAGCUGACAUCUCUGAUUGAGGCCCACUUCAUUCAGAGGAAGAAGGACGAGGAGGAGCUCAUUGCUCUUGUUAACAGGAUCGAGAAGCGUCGCGCUGAGAGGGCGGAACAGCAGAGGAUCCGUUCUGAGCAGGAGAAGGAGAGGCAGGCUCGUCUUAUUGAAGAAAAGGAGAGGAGGGAGCUGGAGGAUGCGCGUAAGAAGCAGGAUGAUGACGCCAAGAAGAAGAAGGCUCUGACAAACAUCACUCAGCAGUAUGGUGGUGUCCAACAGAGGCAAGAAGGAAAGAAGGGAGCGAAAAAGCAGACGGAGAGAGAGAAGAAAAAGAAGAUCCUGGCUGACAGAAGGAAGCCUCUCAACAUCGACCACCUCACGGAGGACAAAGUGAGGGAGAAGUCCAAUGAGUUGUGGCAGUGGCUGUUGACGCUGGAGACUGAGAAGUUUGACCUCACCGAGAGACUGAAGAGACAGAAAUAUGAUAUGAAUGUACUCCAGUCCCGAAUCAAUGAGCAGCAAAAGUUCGCCAAAGGAAGAGGCAAGGCCAAAGGCAGGGUGAGAUAAAUGUAAAGAUCAGCAAGAGUUCUCCAAGGAAGCAUCUGAAAAUGAGGAGCAGUAUUUACUUCCAUGACAUUCUGCGCUUAAACAAUAAAAAAAUACAAAUCUUGCUUUGAAGCUCAGUAAUGCCUGUUUUUUUAUGUUUAAUACUAGUGGACAUGUUCCUCUUAAUUUCUACCAAUCCCCUCAGUUUAAAAGCAAAUAAAUCCAGGUCAUUUAACUGGCAAUAAAAUACCUCUAUUUAUUCUUCUGGGAACCAUACACAAAAAACCACAGUGCACCAUAAAUUUCACAUGUAGGCAUUAAUAUGUAUAUAAUAGUACAACUUACCGCAGCAAUCUGAAACAUUAUCCACACAAUUACACAAAUAUUCUGAUGGCAAUGCAGUGUCAGGAUGAUGGACUUUCUAUACAGUACAAUGUGUUGACAUCAGUGCAAAAAAA